CCUUGUCCAUAAAUACUCCUCCCACCCCGAGUGGGACUUCAGUCCGCAGGAAAAGACGCGCACAGACGAGGUUCGGUUCUUUUUUCUUUUUUGGGGGGGAUUAUGAACACCUUUGGGCCCCCGAACCAGCAGAGUGGCCCCCUCCAGCCCCACAGCGCCCAGGAGCUGCUGGACAUGGCCGCCGUGUACUGCGACAACUACGGGGUGUACCAGCACCAGAACCUGCACCACCAUCCCCAGAGAGCCGCCAACCACCCCUCCAGCUACGGGCUGAGCGACUACAGCAGCCCGCCCACCAACCCCUACCUGUGGAUCAACGGCACCGGGAUCAACUCCUCCUCCUCGCCGUACCUCCAGGCGGGGAGCGGCGGCUCCACCUACCUGCAGUCCGGCCAGAGGCCGCUCCUGGCCGGCCCCGGAGGUAUCGGCGGCGCCGACCUGGGCUGGUUGUCCAUCUCCAGCCAGCAGGAGCUCUUCAAGAUGGUCCGACCUCCGUACUCCUACUCCGCCCUCAUCGCCAUGGCCAUCCAGAGCGCUCAGGACAAGAAGCUGACCCUGAGUCAGAUCUACCAGUAUGUGGCCGAAAACUUCCCUUUUUACAAGAAGAGCAAAGCCGGCUGGCAGAACUCCAUUCGGCACAAUUUGUCCCUCAACGACUGCUUCAAGAAGGUAGCCCGGGACGAGGAUGACCCCGGGAAAGGGAAUUACUGGACGCUGGACCCCAACUGCGAAAAGAUGUUCGACAAUGGCAACUUUCGCCGGAAGCGAAAGCGGCGAGCGGACAUCCCGGGCGCGGACAAGCCGGAGUCAGACGCCCAGCACAAGCUCUCGGACACGGCCAGCCUGCUCAGCUCCUCCCCGCCCAGCCUCCGCAGCUCUCCGGCCUCCACGGAGCCCAGGUCGUCACCGCCCAACUCGGCCGAGCACAGCCCGUGUUUCAACGGCUUCAUGUCCGGCGUCAACUCGCUGCUGGCGGCCAGCGCGGUGAGUGGAGCCGAUCUCUCGCGGGCUCCGGAGCGGGACUCGGGUCACCUCGGGGAGUUGUCCCAGGGCCGGGAGGCCAUGAGCGGACUGGGUUCGUACGCGCCCUCGGUGAUCUCUCCGCUGAACUGUGACGGCAGGAUGAACUAUUACAAUCUUUCCAACCAUUUCACGGUCAACAACCUCAUAUACGGCAGGGAAGGAACUGAAGUUUAAUUGUUUUUUUCAUUUUAUUUUUUACAAACAAUCAUAAUUUAUCUCAUUUAGUUACAUUGUAAAAAGUCAUUGAUAUCCUUUGUCAACUUUUGUAGCUUUGGGAGAACU